AUGGAAUGGCAGGAACCGGAAAGUCUACCAUUGCCCGGACAAUCGCUGAGUCCUUCCAAAGUCAAGGACUGCUUGGUGCCACAUUUUUUCUUUAAGCAGACUGAAAAAGAGCGUGGUAUCGCAAAAUACUUGAUAUCGACCAUCACGAGACAAUUUAUCACCACAAAUCGGCCACUUGUGCCGUUUAUUCUAGACGCCCUGGAUAAGGAUCCAGAUAUUGGAUCUAAAUUCCUAGGUGAACAGUUUGACAAACUUCUCUAUCUUCCCUUGAUGAAGCUGGAUUCAGAGCAAGUCAAAACAGUGGUGAUUGUUAUUGAUGCCCUAGACGAAUGUGAUGGGGAAAAUGACAUAAAGUUCAUACUUCACCUCUUAUUCAAAUUACAAGAAAUCAAGUCAUUACGCUUACGAGUUGUUUUAACGAGUAGGCCUGAGCUUCCUAUUCGUCUAGGCUUCGAUAGUGAAGAGAACCACCAGGACCUAGUUCUCCAUGAACUUCCUCUCCCAGUGAUUGAACACGAUAUUCGCCUAUUUCUGAAACACGAGAUGUCCGCAAUACAAGUUAAUCGUGGACUUCCCCCUGACUGGCCGGGAAAUGACAAAAUCGAAGAUCUGGUGCAGAUGUCCAUACCAUUAUUUGUCUUCGCAGCCACAGCCUGCCUCUUCAUCAAGAAAAAUCUACAUCCUCAUACAGCGCUUGAGAGAUAUCUUAAUAUUGGAGCUACAGGUGCAACUCAGAUGGAGCAAAUGUACCUCCCAGUUCUGCGUCAACUCAUACAAGACGAUGAAGAGCAGACAAAGGAGGCUCUAAAAGAAUUCCAAGAAAUCAUUGGGGUCAUCAUCCUACUUGCCACCCCGCUUUCAGUCAACUCUCUCGCUCUGCUUCUACAAAUGCCAAUACAGGAGAUCAAAGAUCACUUAGUUUUCCUACAUUCAGUUCUCUUUGUACCAGACAACACCAACACCCCAGUCCGCAUUCUUCACCUCUCGUUUCGAGAAUUCUUGCUCCAUACAGACAAAGAAUUUCGAAUUGAUGAGAAGCAUACACACAGGCAGAUAGCAUUACACUGUCUCCGUAUUAUGGACACUCGGCUUAGGCACAAUCUCUGUGAUCUAGCAAGUUAUGGACUACAAUACAAGGACAUCGAUUCUCAAAUAAUCCAGCAAUAUCUUCCGGCUGAUUUGCAAUACUCCUGCAAUUACUGGAUCCAUCAUCUGAAGGAGAGCCAGGGUGGUAUCCCUGAAUCUGAAAUUCUCUCAUUUCUUCACAAGCGGUUCCUCCACUGGUUGGAGGCAUUAGCCUUAAUGGGAAAAGUGUCGGAGGCGACAGGAAUGAUACAGAUAUUAGAGUCAAGAACAUGGAAAACUGCUGAUCCCGCUAUUCUGAGGUUUCUAUACGAUGCAAGAAGAUUCACUCUUCAAAAUGCUUACAUAGCUAGCAUUGCUCCACUGCAACUGUACUGUUCCGGACUUGUGUUUGCACCAGGGCAAAGUGUCAUCAAGAGGGCGUUUACUAGCGAAAUACCAAAACGGAUACAGAGGCUACCAGCAGUGACAGACUUCUGGAGUCCAAAUCUACAGACAUUAGAGGGCCACUCGGGUCAGAUUAGCUCAGUGGCCUUCUCUCCCGAUGGGCUUACGCUGGCAUCUGGCUCAAAGGACGGCACCAUCAAGCUCUGGAAUACGGCGACCGGUACACAGCGGCAGAUCUUGGAGGGAGGCUCUUGGGAAAGUAUCAAUUCCUUAGCCUUCUCUCCUGAUGGGCUUACGCUAGCAUCAGGCUCGUUUGAUGGCACCAUCGAGCUCUGGGAUACAGCGACCGGCACCACCCAGCAGCAGAUGUCAGAAGGCUAUUCAGGUGACAUCAAUUCAGUGGCCGCAUUGGGCUCACUCAAGACGGCUCCUGGCAAUUCUCUGAUAUCAUUAUCGAGUAAUUGGGGCGAGCUUACGCUUCUCAAGAAGCUUUAUAUGACCGCCUGGUCGGAGAUUCAUUUGCGCACUCUACCAAACGCUCGGGCCGCCGCCAUCGCACACCACUGGCUUGUGCAUCUCCAGAUCCCAGAGUUCGAGGCGUCCAAGGUCUUCAAUCGUUCGUGCAUCCGCAACCCUACCGAGUUCGUGUCGGUUGCGCGGAACGCUCCAUGGGAGGAAUUCGUCUACGUCGACGAGGUUGAAGAAGCUGUCACUGAAGAGGAACCCGAGGUUCAGGAUCGCUGGCGCUUGGAUUGA